AUGCCUCUAACGAGAAAUCAACAAGCUGCAUUGCAGGCAAAUGGAAGCAAUGGUGGAACGAAUAACAUCAUUCAGCAACAGCAACAACAUGUCCAUACUUCAGACGGUAAUCUUGGCAGCAUACCCGGCAACGAAGAGUCUACAGUACAUGCACCUUCUACCCCUGUUGGCAUUCAAUUGAAAUCCAGGAAUAGCAGUACAAAUACAACGACCAGCUUAUCCACUUCAUCAGGUCCAUCGCAAACGCACCAACAGCAUCAAGAAUUAGCAUGUGUCUUGGGUCAUCCUUCGGCUACAAGCGCUGUCAAUAGUGCUGCUGCCGCGGCAGCUGCAGCAUCUGAUUGGGUUAAUUUCGGACAAGGCUCCGCUUUGACUGAUGAUGUAUUCACGCAAGAGCACGGUAAUACUCUUUAUAGGCUUUCGCAAAUGCAACAGCAAUUGUCUCCACAAAGAUCAUUUGAUGACGCACAAAGACAACGGAACGGCGUUCAAGAUUUGCAUGCAAAUAAUACUAUUCAUUUGGCCAAUAAUGCUCUCUUUCAAAAUACCAACUUCAAUACAGAUCCAAAUGCUGCUGCUGCUGCCGCUGCGGCGGCUGCAGCUUCGGCAGCUGUCGAGCAACACAAUCGACAGCGCAGUGAUUCGACCAAUAUGAAUGCUGGUUUUGCAACGCCUGCUCCUAUGACCAGAGCACAAUUACAGCAGCAGCACAACGAUCACGUACGAACGUUUAGUCUUGACAGCAAUGCAAGUCUCACGGAUCCGAGAAACGCACAGCAAAGACGAGAAUUUUCAUCGCAUCAUCGUACGCCCGGAUCUGUAGACUCUACCAUGUCGAUGGAUAUUGAUAAUAUGGAGAUAUUGAGACAGGCCAAUGAGGCACACAUCAUUGGUGCUUCACCUUUGCGAAGGGGCGUUGGACCAGAUUCUGCGCAAUCACGAUUGCAGGUCAUGACUCGUCAAAAUCGCAGUCUUGGUCAAGUUGGUGCAGCAAUGAGUGGAAAUGGUGAUGAUGGCUUGCUUCGAUUGGGCGGACCGCUUCGUGCGACUGAUGCUUCUCCUUCAUUUGACCGCUUUGGCGUACAACAGGCAGACUCUGCACGAUCAAUGUCGCCUCCUGAGCAUCCGCAUACUGCAUUCCUUGGCAAUUUCUCUCCAAAUUCUUCCAUCUCAAGCCAUCGUCAUGCUGGUGAUUCAUCGAUCGAUACAUCUACGGAUAGCGUUUCCAAUAGUGCGACGACCAUGUCUGCUGUUCCAAGUCAAGCCUCUUCCAUUUCUGCUGACGAUUUCUUGAGCAGUGGAGGUAAGAAGAUCCCAAAGAUGAAGACCAGAUUACGCAAUAUUGACCGUAAAGCGAUUUGCGAAGCUGCACGAGAUGAUCCAAAAGUGCGACAAGAAGAUUUGGCAGUACGAUUUGGAAUCGAAAGAAGUACGGUGAGCAAGACGUUGAAGAAUAAGGAAAAGUGGCUUGCCAUUCAGGAUGAAGGACAAUCUGCCUUUAUUAUGAAACAUAGAACGGGCAAGUUUCCCGAUUUGGAAGGACGUUUGGCCAAAUGGAUCAAUGAUGAAGUAGGAAAGGCUGCGCCAAUCUUGGACGUGACUAUCAAGCAUCGUGCUUUGGAAGUAGCAAAAGAUCUUGGGAUUGGUGUUGAUCAAUUCAAGGCAUCUAUGGGAUGGAUCGAAAAGUUCCGAGAAAGGCAUAAGUUGCCAAAGCCUGUAGUUCCGGCCGGGUUGGAGAAUUCAAGUGAUCAAUUAAGUCCUGAAGAUGAGCAGAGCCGGGCAGAAGCGUUCCGAUCUGGAUUUGAAUUAGCUACAUCUCAGCAAGGGCAACAUGCAGCGCAGUUUCAACAAUCUCCAUUGACCAAUCAAAUGGAACAAGAUGUAGGAAUGUUUUAUUCGCCACAACCAUCACAAACAAAUGCUCUUCCAAAUGCCUCUACCCCGCAAAGGCCACGUUCUGCUUCAAAUGAGAACAAUAUGAAUGCGAUCCAAGAAACACCAAAGGCUUCCAAACGUCAUUAUGAUGAUAUGGCCAAUCACCGUGGAGCUUCACCUAUUGAUGCAACAAUGGCACGAAUGCACUUACCGAAUCAAAAUUUGGCAGUUUCCAGAUUGCAGCGUGAGCAGACAGCAAGCAGUGGCACCAACAAUGGUGUCCAUCAGCACGAUGAUUCAGGAUAUGCAAUGGCUACAUCUUCGUCUUCAUCAUCCUCUUCCGCUGCUACUGGUGCUACGAAGAGGCGUAGAGGAGCGGCCACAUCCGCUGAGCUUAGCAGGGGUGGGAGUGGCAAUGGUAGCGCAGAUGAUGCAACAAAUGAAGGAAACAUUUCCAUGAACAUGAUCCGAGAACAAUUGCGUAGAAGCAAGAACAAUGGUCAAGUGUCAGGUAAUAGUGCAUUAUCCCCACAAGCAAACAAUCCUGUUGCUAUUGCGACUGCUGCGGCUGUACAAGAACUUCGCCGUGAUGAGCAUGCGCGAAGUAUGCAUGAGCAAAGGUUGCAACAAGAACAGAUGCAAUCCCAAAGAGGGUUCCGGACUGGCAAUCCAGAUGGAACAUCAUCGGAAAUGAUGAUGAUGCAAGGUUUGCAACGUGCAGUGUCAAGUCCGACGAUCAACCUUCGCAAUACUAUCAAUGCUGCCCAUCAAAUGCAACAGCAACAUCAUCCGCAUCACAACGAUUCGCCAUCCAGCAUGAUGGUAAGUCCGCCUUCUGUGCGACAUGAUUUGAUGGGCUUGCUUCAGUCUACCAAUUCAUCCUCUUCUGGAUCUCCAAGUGGAGCCGGAGGAGAUGAUCGUCCGGUUACGUUGGAUGAAGCAAGAGAAUCUUUGGACGUGGUCUUGGCUUUUAUUACCCGACAACCAUCUCAAUUGAGCCCUAGUGAUUAUUUCGUUUUGGGUAAUCUGCAAGGUCAAUUGAAUGCUCUGGCACAAUCAAGUCAGGAUUCAAUGUUUUCCCCUGGCCACAUGCAAACGCAUCAAGCGCCACAGCAAAUCCAAAUGCCUGCUUCUCAGCAAUCCCAUCCAAAUAUGGCAGUAUUGCAGCAGCAGCAACAACAAAACAACCAUCAGUUCACACAUGCAAGAUCCAUGUCUGCUCAACAUCCUUCAAGCACAAACAUGAAUAUGUUGGGUAUCACGGGUGAAGAUAUUUCCAUGGCGAACGAUUUGAGACAUCGGUAA